AUGGUGAACUAUGAAGUGACCGUAUUUGCUGCCAAUCAUGCCACUGCCACGACUUUAAACAAUGUCUACAUCAAGCUGGUGGGCACAGAUGGGGAAAGCAAACGCAGUUGGCUGACUGGCUUCAAAAGGGCUUCGACCCUCAGGAGAACAGUGUCUAGUUUUACUGUGUCCUGUCCUGCCUCCAUUGGAAAACUGGUUCUGAUCGAGCUCGACAAACAAAGCCUCCUACUGUUCCCAAAAGACUCUUGGUUUCCUGCCAAGGUGAUGGUUAAAUCUCCCGAAGGACACACCUACAACUUUCCCAUCUACCACUGGAUUGAUGACAGGGAGGUGCACUGCUUCAGAGAGGGAACAGCUCUGAGAGUCUUUGAAGACAAACAUCAUUGUACGAAGCUGUCGCGUGAACAGGAGCUAAAGAAGCGACAGAAAGACUAUUGCUGGACUGUGUUUGCAGAGGGAAUACCACACUGCAUGAAGGCAGAAAGUGCUCUUUCUCUGCCUUGUGAGGUCCGCUUCUCCUUCACCAGGUCUUCAGAACUUUUAUACACUGCAGCCACAGGGCUAGUAGAGCUGAAACUGAAGGCAUUGGUUGGCUGCAAAAAGAAGUGGACUCAUAUAGAUGCUAUCAGUCAGGUGUUCUCCUGCAAACGAACUGACAUAUCAGACUACGUUCAGCAACAUUGGAAGGAGGAUGCUUUUUUUGGCUACCAGUUUCUAAAUGGUGUCAACCCCAUGCUGAUCCGACGUUGCACUGCUUUGCCCAGUAACUUCCCCGUCACUGAUGACAUGGUCUUCCCCAGUGGUCAAUGCAACUUGGCAGAUGAACUGAAGAAUGGCAACAUAUUUCUGUGUGACUACAAGCUUCUGGAUGGACUGACAGCAAACACCGUCAACGAGAAACAGCAGUACCUGAUGGCUCCCCUUGUCCUGCUCCACAAAACACCUGAUGAUAACCUGAUGCCAAUUGCUAUUCAAGUGAGAUUAGUCCUCAAAUAUACCCAAUAUUAAAGCUGUAUGUUAGAGUAUCGAUUAAAAUUCUUUCUC